GUUCUCCGUGGUACUGUCAACCCGAGUUCAGGAGCCCCUGUGACAAUCAUUCUAUUUCCCAUGCCUGUGAACGCUGCCAAUGCCGAUCUACAGUCACAGAUAGCACUCGCCCGAUAUACAAGUGCACCAAAUCUAAAUUCUCUUCCCGGAAAGCCCACAUCCCCGCAAGCUGCGAGUAACAUUCAAACGUCAUCCCUCAUUGGGUCAGCACCCGGCAGCUCUAAUCCAAUCGGACAAAGCAUGCCCACCAAUCUUCCUGCUGUCGUAAAUCCAUAUGGUGCACACGGAAAUAAUGCUAUACCAGUUAAUCACCACAAUCCCCCCGGACAAGGGGCGAUCAAUGCUGGAAUUGGGCUCACCAAUGCAAGUGACCCUGCAAGCAUCCUCGCGAAUAACCGAAAGAUUGUCCAGAUUCUCAAUAAAAUGGGGGGCACCGAUCUGAUAAAGAAUUUGAUGGAGUCUAACUCACUUCAUCAGCAAGAUUUGCGGCAAAACCCACGAGUCAUGGAGCAAGUUCGAACAUUACUCAGUCAACAUCAAAAUCAGCUUAGUCGAAAUAGUAUAUCUGGUCUCUCGAAUCCGAACAAUCCCUCUUCUACCGCGGCAGGUCUCGGGGCCCCUGGAGGUACCGGAAUGACCAAUACAUCUCUGUCACAUCAAGACCUACAGGCCUCUUUGGCUGCUAGAUCGGGUGUACAAACACUUGGUCAAAGUGGGGCAACCACAGCAAAUGUCGGUGGCAUUUACAACGCUGGGAGUGUUAAUACUCUUCAACAACAGCGGCAGUUGAUGGCCGCUCUUACGAACCGUAACAUGUCAACUGGUGGGAAUCCCGCUGCUAGUAACCCAAUGCUUGCCGGGAAUAAUAGUGCCAACAUGUUCAAUACUAUGGGUAGCUUCAAUGCGGGGCUCGGCGGAGGAAUGAACAUUAAUUCUGGAGGGAUUUCGAACAUGACUCUCAACAACAAUAUGAGUA